GACUUUUGCGGUUCAAUUAAGAGAAUACAUACAUGACAUCAUGGAUCAGUGGAUAAUAGCGCUCGCUUUGCUUUCUAUAGUUCUCGUUUUGCUCUAUAAGUGGUCGGUGGCCAAAUAUGAUACAUUCAGUGAAAGGGGCGUGGCCCACGAAAAGCCCUGGCCCUUGAUUGGUAAUAUACCCAUCAAAGGCAUGUUUGGUGGCAUACCCGUUCUUAAACAAAUGGUCGAGUUGAAUUUAAAGUACUCCGGCUCGCCGGUGUACGGCAUCUACGCCCUGAGAGAUCCCGUGUUCUUCAUCCGAGACCCUGAGCUCAUCAAGUUAGUUGGCAUCAGGGAAUUCGAUCACUUUGCAAACCACAACAGCAUGCACAACAAUAUGCAGGAGUCGAUAUUGUCGAAAAGUCUUAUUUCGCUGCGAGAUGGUCGGUGGAGGGAGAUGCGCAAUAUCCUGACACCCGCCUUUACAGGGAGCAAAAUGCGCAUAAUGUACAACCUGAUCCAAUCCUGCAGCGAGGAGGGUGUCAGCCACAUCUUGGAGCAUUUGGAGCUGUCGAAGGACGGGGCCAUCGACCUGGAAGUGAAGGAUUACUUUACGCGAUUCGCCAACGAUGUGAUAGCUACCGUGGCCUUUGGCCUCAGCAUCAACUCGUUCAGGCGCAAAGAUAACGAGUUCCUUCGGAUCGGACAGUCCCUGUCCAAGAUUAGCGCCUGGUCGGUGGCCAAGGCCGUGCUCCACGCCCUCUUCCCACGGCUAAUGAAGGUCCUUCGCAUCCAGGUGAUGGACACCGAAAAAAUUGAUUACUUCAGUCGUCUGGUCCAUGUGACGAUGAAGUACCGGGAGGAGCACAACGUGAUUAGACCAGAUAUGAUUCACCUGCUCAUGGAGGCCAAGCAGCAGAGGCUCUCCGAUCUGAGGAACCAGUCGAAGGAUGCCCAGUACUAUUCGGAAUUCACCGAUGAGGACCUGUUGGCCCAGUGCCUGUUGUUCUUUUUUGCAGGCUUCGAGAUUAUCUCCUCAUCGUUGUGCUUCCUCACCCACGAGCUUUGCCUGAACUCCGCUGUGCAGGACAAGUUAUAUGAGGAGAUCCUUUCCGUACACCAAGAGCUAAAUGGGCAACCCUUGACCUAUGAAAAACUGACCAAGAUGAAGUACAUGGAUAUGGUGGUACUAGAAGGUCUGCGGAAAUGGCCACCAGCUAUUUCAACAGAUCGCGAGUGCUCCAAGGAUAUUGAUUUGUGCGAUGAAAAUGGGGAGAAGAUGUUCUCCGCCCGAAAAGGUGAUGUCCUGCAAAUACCCAUAUUUUCUCUGCACCGGGAUCCCGACAACUAUGAGGAUCCAGAGUCCUUCAAUCCGGAGCGAUUUGCAGAGGACCAGAAGGUUGAGUCCCGUGUGUUCCUGCCCUUCGGAGUGGGUCCUCGCAACUGCAUUGGCAAUCGCAUGGCACUCAUGGAGAUCAAGUCGAUUGUCUACCAAUUGGUUCUUAACUUCAAACUAUUGCCAGCCGAAAAAACAUCGCGCGAUUUGUUAGAUGAUAUAAGGGGCCAUGGUCUGAAGCCCAAGGACGGCUUUUGGCUUAAGUUCCAGGCACGUCAAUAAAGUCAAUAAUCCAAGCCAACUAA